AUGUUCGGCUACAAGCUCCUCGCUGUCGCUGCGCUUGCCUUGGCUGUCGUCGCUUCUGACUUUGUCUGCGCACCCGCUGCCACCGUCACCGCUACUGUCACCGUCACCGAGUGCAUUCCCCAGCCUGGAAAGCCGUCGUAUGCGCCACCUCCUGCUGAAUCGGCCAUCUCCUCCGCUCUGAGCAGUGGCCUGCCUGUAGACAUUACUACCAGCGUUAUCCUGCCUCCUCCUGGACAGCCGAUCCCCACUUCAGGUGCUCCUCCUGGCACUAAUACGCUCAUCGUCCCCUCUGGUGAGACCUCCGGCGCUUCUGCCUCUUCGACUGCGUCAGUUACUACGAUCAUGGUGGCUACUUCUUCAUCAGGACGCCCUGGCGAGCCGGAGGCGAGCAGUACGUCCCCUCCUCCCGAGACUGCUGGUGCCGCUCUCGCAACACCUGUCGUCGGUAUGGGCUCGCUCGUCGCCAUGGGCGCCGCUGCCUUGGCUAUCAUGGCCUGA